CACCAAGGAGGGAAAGAAGGCGGAAGUUAGCAAGACGACCGUGAAUGAAAACGCCCGCUUGCCCGAUUUUUAAUCGAGUAAAAACAUUUAAAAAAAAUGUUAAAAGUGUUGGUCAAGGAACGACUAAUGGCGGCAGCGGAUGAAAUAUUCGCUCUGUUUGGAAAAACGAUCUCUUCGUACGAGGAGGAACUUUCCAGAACCAAAGAGGAGAACGAGCGCCGUCGACAACACCUAGAAGCUGUUUGCAAGAGUGGAAUUGUGCUACAAUUUGAGGACGUCCAGCAGCUGUUUGGUCUUCAGCCGCAAGCGGUGAGCUCCACUUUAAUGGAGGGGGAUCCAAAGCCCUCCUACAUUAAAGAAGAAGAGGAGGAACUCUGGAUCACUCAGAAGGGCGAGCGUCUUCUAGAGCAGGAGAAGGCUGAUCUCAUCAAGUUUCCACUGACUGGUGUCUCUGUGAAGACAGAAGACCACACAGACAAACCACCUGGGUCCUCAGAGCUUCAUUACAAACCAAGCAAAAGAAGCUUGUCGCAACACCUGACAGCAGAAGUCCACGGAGACCACAGUGGAGGAUCACAAGCAGACCACCUCUUAGCUCCACUAUCAGAUAGUGAUGAGACCAAGUCACACUGCCCUGAGGAUGAAGACAGAAAUGAUGCCCAAGAACCUUUGAGCAGUGAUACAGACUGUGAAGAUGAUAUUUGGACUCAAACUGACAAAAAGCAAUCGGAAUGCUCCAACAAGAAGACGGUUAAAGAACAAUGGGCUUGCUCCAUGUGUGAUAAAAGCUUCACUCAGAAGUGCAAUUUGACCCAACAUAUGCGGACACACACCGGAGAAAAACCUUUCAUUUGCUCAGUUUGCGGUAAAGGAUUCUCCCAGAAAGGCGCAAUGGUAGUACACAUGAGGAGACACACAGGAGAGAAACCCUUCAAGUGUUCAAUUUGCGACCAAAGAUUCUCUCGCAAAGUCAACGUGGUUACGCACAUGAGAACGCACACGGGAGAAAGACCCUUCAGGUGCUUAGUCUGCGAUAAAAGCUUUUCCCAAGACGCCACGUUUCGCUCGCACAUGCGAACGCACACCGGGGAGAGACCCUUCAGCUGUUUGAUUUGCGAUAAAAGAUUUGCUCGAAAGCUAACCAUGGUCUCACAUAUGAGAACGCACACGGGAGAAAAACCUUUUAGUUGUUCAUUUUGCGAUAAAAAAUUCUCUCAAAAGUCCAAAAUGGUAAUACACAUGAGAACACACGCAGGAGAACACGUGUUUCAAGAAGGGUUGGGGUCAGCUUUAGAUAAAGAAUAACAUUUUUAAAAUUGGUGCUUCAACGAUCAGUCGGCCGACACGUAUGAUUGAUUUUUAGUAUUUCAACUAAGGAAACUCCUAUUGAUCUUUUUGACAUUUUUCAUGGUAAUAAUAUUCAAAAGUCAAUACCCAGAGCAGGCUUAACUAUAUUAAAUAAUGUAACCUUACCAACCACAGCCAUUGGAUUUUAAUAUUUUGGAGGGCGAGGACCAAUGGUGUAAAUGGCAGCCCUCAUAUGUGAUGCAUUUAUUGAAGGAAAAUUGAAAGAAUUAUUAUAUAAAUGGUGGAAUAUUUUUUUUUUUUUUGUCCAACGAAUUUUGACCCUAACUUCAGUCAAUUUUUUUUAGGGAUGUAAAGAUUGCUCGUAAAUUGCUGAUGGUUCAUACGACCGUUUUAAAUUUUAAUUUGCAUACAGUCGGGAUUGAGUACCGCACAUUUGAAAAAUGUAUGGCGAUUUCGCUCAUUUCCUGGAACUAACUGCAAACUAGCUUAAUUGCCAAUGACCUAUUGUUAAGCACAUUCGACGAUACCAUUAUCCAUCCAUCCAUCCAUUUUCUACCGCUUAUUCCCUUUUGGGGUCCAUAUUUGUAAUCAUUUUGGCUGCAAUAAGAUGAUAUGAAAUGUUCAUAUUGUUACAUCCAUAGUGUUUACUUCAGUUGUCCCUAACCUUUUGGAGCCCAAGGACUGACCUCUGAAUAAGGUAAUAAAAGCUUAUAGGUUACACAGCUAACAACUAUAACCAUGGAAACAUAUUUUGCUUAUAUCGUUUCCUAGAAAUUGCUAGUAUUGUAUUUUUUUUGUUUGAGUUAAUCCUUUAAUCCAUUCUUAAAUUUAAUUUCAUAUAAAUAUAGGCUGUAGUUGUUUUUUCACUCUAAAUUUGUAUUUAUCCUAUCUUGUUGAGAAAAAUUGUUGUGCAUUAUUCAAUAUCAUGUUGUUCUUUGCUUUCUGCAUGAUUUGACCUAUUUUUUAAUUAUACUAGCUCUGAAAAUGUAUGUAUAAUAAUUGCGAUUUCCCGAAUCACAGGUAUGUGUUCUCUAUAACCAACAUUGUGGAUUAUCCUAACUCAACUUUUUUAUAGUGAAUGAGGUAUGCUCUUGUAGUUGUUUCCCCGUAUGUCCACAUAAUAUCGCAGACAUGCAUAAUGCCAUAAAACAAUAAAAAAAUAUAUAAAAAAAUUUUGGGGGGUUAAGGGUCUAUUUGAAAUUAUCCAGUAUUAGUUGUGUUCAUGAAGUUAUUGACUGUCUGAUGCUUUCCAGGCAGUGAUUUACUGUCGGUCACAUGACAUACUGUAUCGCACUUGUACCUGAACAUACCAGUUUAAUCCGAAUACAACUGUAAAGCAUUUACUUUGGAGUGUAGACCUAUUUGAUGAUUUCUGGCUUUUUUUUUGUCACUUUCAUGCUCUUCUCUGUUGAACUUCUGUUUCAGGAUGUAAAAGUGCAAUGUAUACUGUAUAUAUAAGUUGUAUCUGCCUAAGUAGCCCUCUACCUUUUAAAUCAAACUUGAAUUUAAUUUGAUGCAUGUUUUAUACUAAAAUUAUGAGAAAUACA